UUCUUUUAUUGCCUUUUUGGAACUGCGACCCCAAGACAAGUCGCCGCGUUGUAUUCUGGGAACACACAGUAGAUGCAAGAUGGCGGCGAGCAGGAGACUGCACAAGGAACUUGAAGAGAUUCGCAAGUCUGGGAUGAAAAACUUCAGAAACAUUCAAGUGGAUGAAUCCAACAUACUGACCUGGCAAGGUCUCAUUGUCCCUGACAACGCUCCUUAUGACAAGGGAGCUUUCAGGAUUGAAUUAAUCUUCCCCGCCGAGUACCCCUUCAAGCCCCCCAAGAUCACGUUCAAGACGAAGAUCUACCACCCCAACAUCGACGAGAAGGGACAGGUGUGUCUGCCUGUCAUUAGCGCAGAGAACUGGAAACCAGCAACCAAAACUGACCAAGUAAUUCAGUCCCUGAUUGCGUUGGUGAACGACCCCCAGCCAGAGCACCCCCUGAGGGCAGACCUAGCAGAAGAAUACUCAAAGGACCGGAAAAAAUUCUUUAAGAACGCAGAAGAGUUUACAAAGAAACAUGGAGAAAAGAGACCAAUGGACUGAUUACUUGACCAGUUUGUAGCCCUCUCUCUCUCUCUCCUCUCCCCAACUGAAAGUCUCUGUUCUCCUCCCUCCUCUCUGUACCUUCCCCCUCUCUCCUCCCCAUCUCCCUACACACACACAUCAUCCUAGCAGCCCGGGAGCAGCCCUAGCCUCACCUCCAUCUUCGCAGGACUCUCAGACCGGUUUCUCCUCCUUCUGGCGAUCGCUCGAGACCGUUACUAACUUUAUACUAUUUUCUUAAAUUAAAAUAUGAAAAAUGAAAAAGACAAGAAAAAAAUAAAUGGUUAGAACGUCCUUGUUAAAUAUGGAGAACUAAGGACGGAAAACAAAUAGAAGGAAAUGGGGGGGGGAGAAAAAAAGGUUUUUAAUUUUGCUGUUCGUUAAAAAAAAAUGUUUCAAAAAAAUUGGGGGGGGGGAACAAGAAAUCACUGCUUGAGUAUUGUAGACCUUUCUCCUAACUUCUGGAAGGAGAUCUUUCUGACUGAAGGGAAACGUUGUGGUUAUCCUUUACUUUCUUUGUUCUGUUCUCUCGUCUCAUCUCGUUCUAUCAACCCUAAAUGACAUGUCUUACUGAAACAAAGAACCUCUCUCUCAUAGCUUGCUAGGCCCUGGAAGUGUGUGCUGAAAUGUUUUCCCUUUGGACUUCUCUGCUUCCGAAGGUGCACUGUAUUCUGUGGAACAUGCCCUCUCUCAGUUGUCCCUCCCCUCAGCUUGAAGCCAGCCCACUGAGCAGACAGACACACAAAUGGCCACUGAUAAUACCCUAAUAUUGUAAUGAAUUACAAGUGCAAUUGACUGGAGAUGAUCAUCGUUCACACUCCCCUUCACCAGUCCAAAAUGUUUUGAAAGAUGCCCCUCUUUGCAUUAGAUGGUCUUAGUCUUCCUGGUUCGUUUUUUUUUUUUUUUGCUUUAAUAGGCAGAAGUGCCAUUCCGACUAAAAACAUUUCCCUCUGUUAUAAUGUGGUUGUAUACCCCCUGGUUCUACCGUUCCCACCAUGCUGCGUGUCUUGGGUUUGAACUUUUCUCCUAUACACAUUUUAGAUACCAUUUUGCCAUCUCAAGACAGUGGGAAGUAGAAAUAGUAGUGACACCGUACAGUUUGUUUCCUGUAUAAAAAAAAUCUGUAGUGGCCACACAGCAUUUACUGAGAUACAGCCUCUGAAGCCAGGGCAUGUAUACUUCCUUAGCAGAGCUGUUGUCAAGGAAGUGAGUUUGUGUUUAUACAGGACCCCACCUAAUAUCAACCAAUCAUGUCAAUGCGGAGCUGUAAGGAGCCCUCCAUACUGUUACAACAUUUGGGUGGCGCGCGGUGAAUGCGGUGUGGAGCUCAAUUUGUCCUCUGCGUGGCUCCAUAGUUGCGUCACACCCUCCUCCAUACAGCGCCUCCGACCACAUUUUCAAAAUCAGGCAUAAAUUGGCUUUAAGUCUACUCUCCUGUCUGCCAUUGGUCACACGCAAAAUCAGAACCCCACCUCCUUUCUCUCUCUCGCUACAUAAAAAUAAUCUAAGCACCGCAAACCAAAUCUCAUGUCAUCACCAGAGACUUGUCAUCACCAGAGACUUGUCAUCACCAGAGACUUGUCAUCACCAGAGACUUGACAUCACCAGAGACUUGACAUCACCAGAGACUUGACAUCACCAGAGACUUGACAUCACCAGAGACUUGUCAUCACCAGAGACUUGUCAUCACCAGAGACUUGUCAUCACCAGAGACUUGUCAUCACCAGAGACUUGACAUCACCAGAGACUUGACAUCACCAGAGACUUGACAUAAAUAUAUCAUAUCAGUGGCCGAUUAUAUCCACUGGAACAAGGGACUUGGUGGACUGUCUGUCGUGCUUGGUCGGGGCAAUGCCAGGUGGGAGUCUAAAGACCGGGGUGGGUCCAAAAUGGCACCCUAUUCCUUACAUAGUGCUGUACUUGUAACCAUAAUCCUGUGUGUCCUGGCCAUCAGUAGUGCGCUAUAUAUGGAAUAAGAUGCUAUUUCAAACACAGACUGGGUUUGAACAGAGACGCACAGAGACGGUGGUCCGUUGUAACGGGCGCCUUUAUAUUGAGCUGGGAGAGGGCUGUCUCUCUAAUUGUCUGUCUGCCAGUAGGAUGUAAAACAGGACAGGGACUGGAGCAGUGUAACAGCUGUGUGAUUUGGUCCAAUGUUUCAUAAUAAAGAUGGCUAACCAUUUGG